AUGUCAUCUGGGCAGGUUUCUGGUGCAAUCUUCACGCUCUUCCUGUCUAAGCGGGCGCAUCCACAGCAAUCCAUCUUGAUGGAAGGGGAGCAAAACAAUGAGAGUGUUUCUCCACGCUCAAUCGAUCCUUAUACCGAUCUUGGCUUCGACCAAUUUGCCAAAAUAAUCAACUGGGGCGAUACGUGGACGCUCGAGGAGGUUGCCACCGAUGAUCAUCUAGCCACUCUUGGUAGACCUUUGUUACCGCUCGAGUUCAUCUCUAACAUGUACGAAAGUCUGGAGCAGCAGCAGCAGAUUGAAGGCCACAUGCGCGUGCCACUGAAGAUCGAAAGUGGCUUUCGCACGAUGGAAACGAUCUGUCCAUCCGAGCCGAUUCUCGCAGAGGGGCCUACGCCGGAUGAUGCACAAAAAUCAAGAGGCGCAAGGAAGGACGUUCUCCUCGAGGAUAUUCUAUCCGCAGGUCCAUAUGUCUUCAAAUCCGACGAAGAAAAGGACCGUCCACUCAAAGAGACCUUUGCCAAGAUACACGAUCGGUCGCUUCUGCGGCGCGAAUACCUGCUGUAUCUGGCUAGUCGUGGCAUCGGCACGCUCUACGCUACUUCGCAGGCCGGAAUUGACGCCUUUGUGCCGUUCAAUGAUCAUCGUUAUGCGACGACGAUCAAUCCAUCAUUACUGGAUGACAUGGAUCCCUACGACCUGGGGCUUUUCAAUGAGGAGGGGGACGCAAAUGUGCCCAUCAUCCGGAUUGUUUUCGCAUUAGCAGGUCGCACGACAUUCCUCACAGCCAGAUCCCCUCUGUCUCCUUCGACUCGAAAGGAGAAGUCAGAGGCUUUGAAGAGGUCUGCUCCAUCAGCACCAGACACCUCUUUGACAAUAGGACCGAUGUUGACGGGCCCAUACCAGCCGCCUACCUCAGAGUCUCUUGACCAAGAGGCCAAGGAGUCGAGAAGGUUCACUGCUUAUGACAUCUGGUGCUCAGGCUUGACGAGCGAAAUCUAUGCGCCGAUCACUCAAGAAAGCGAGAGUGUUUGGGCGGAUUCGUUGAAGACAUCUAAGCGCUGGAAGGAGCCUAUGUACGAAACUGGAGAUGAGACGAACGAUCGGUUGCGAAAGGCGUAG